AUGACAGACAACGAGAGCCCCAAGCUCGAGGCUGUUGCCAACCUCAGCCCCGUUUCGCCGCGGCCUCUGCAUAACACAUAUACUCUCCCACAGGUCCUCCCAGAGCUCCAGGAUCAGGCCGAAGAUCCAGACGUAGUCCCCCUCGAACCGUCCAUCUUCCGCACGGCUGCUGCAGCCAUGGCUCCAAACCCAGACCCGCCCCAGCAGGGCCUCGACGCUGCUGCUGUCGAGGGGUCACCCGACUCGGACGGCAACGAUGCCCAGUCGCAAGACGUCAGCAUAGCCGACGACGACAGCUUCGAUGCAUACGACGAGGACGGGAGUGGUCAAGAGCAGGAACACCAGCAGCAGGAGGGCACAGCCGGCCUUGAGCCGGAGAGCGAUGACUAUGCGAGAACCUUUGAUUCUCCCAAGGAACAGGCCGAAGUCGCAGAUGAGGAAGGAGAGGCUCAACAACCACAACAUGAAGAUGUAACAAAGACGCCAGAAUCCAUGAACAUUUCCGAGCAGCUUGCAGGUGUACCAGAGCAGUCUGCCGCCCAAAUUGUCUCUGCUGAUCCCACCGCCCCCGGCGUGCCCGCCCAAGAAGCCUCCCAACCAUCCCACACCGCAGACCCGGCCCAAGACGCCCUCGUCCCCCCAGAGAGCGGUCACCAGCCUGCACCUUCCCCAGCCGUCCAAGAGGCGCUCCCACAUGCCUCCGCCAGCGAUCCUCCCAGCCUACCCCAGCAGUCCCAGCAGUCCCAGCAGUCGGUGGCAUCUCCCGAUCCGGACAAGGUAGACCCCGAUAAGCUAGACAAGGCUGCCCCCAGCGAAGAGCAGCCCGGCGUCCAGCCCGAGGACGUCGACAUGAACACGGGAGGUGAUUCCGAUGCCACUGCCAUUGAUAUCCAGAAACUUGUCGAUGAGAUCACUGCAAAAGCCGAGGCCGAGGCUUCAUCCGAGCAGCCAGCUGCCAAGCCAUCCGCGUCCGCAUCCCUCCAGCCCCAGUCACCUCCCUCUAUGGAUGUAGACCAGCCUUCCCUCCCUCCCAAGCCUGCCCUGACCCAAGAGCAAUCCCAGCAAACAUACUCCCAGGCUACCUAUCACCAUGGUUCUCUGCCCAAUGCCACUCCUUAUUCAUCUGCACCCGCUGCCAGUCCCUCUCAGCCCUCCUUCGGCGUCACCAACGGUGCGCCAGGCGCCCACAUGUCGCAGCCACCCACUUACAAUCCCACUCCCCCCUUUGCCUCAUACCCUAAUGCUUAUCCACCUGGCACCGCGCCCUCCCAAGCCCCUGCAAACAACGGAGCUGGUCUGCAGCAGACCUAUGACGAGUUCCUGGCAGACGAGCGAAAGCACAUGUCUGAAGCCAAGUGGGAACGCUUUCCUGAUGGGUCUCGAAUCUUCAUCGGCAAUCUUUCCCAGGAGAGGGUCUCCAAGCGCGAUGUUUUUGAGCUGUUCCACCAGUACGGUCGGCUGGCUCAGAUUUCACUCAAGUCUGCCUAUGGCUUCGUCCAGUAUCACACAAAUACCGAUGCCCAGGCGGCCAUGAAUGCUCUCCAGGGAGCCGAGGUCAAGGGUCGCAAGAUCAAUCUUGAGGUCUCCAAGACCCAGAAGUCCAAAAAGGACCGCGACCACUCUCCUGACCGCAAAAAUCGUGACCGAGGUGGUAAGGGUGCCGACCGGCGUCGGAGCCCAAGCCCCUACGGUCGUUCCCGCCAAGGGAGCGAUAAUCUUGACAUACCUCGCCGAUACGGAAACGACGUGCCCGACGUUCAGAUUCUCCUGAUGCAGGAUGUCCACAAGGACUUCGUCGAAUGGGUGCAGCGAGCGUUUAUGGACGCGCGUCUUAGGGUAACCGCCAUGUUCCUGAACCCUCGUUUCCCUCGAGAUGCCGUCAUCCAGCGACAGGUUCUCGAAGGCGUCCAUGCUGUUGUCGAGCUGGACAUGCGCGCCCAAACGACUGCGAAGAUCCCACUUCAAGUGUUUGAUCGCUCUGCCGGGAGCAAUGUUCGUUUCGACCAGUACCAAGAGUUGGACCCACCGAUCGCGGCCCAGCUGGUUCUGCGGGCCAAGGGCUCCGUUGCCUCACAGCCAGCCUAUCCGCCGCAAGCCAGCUACCCGCCUCAGCCAUACGGGACGCCGGCACCGUAUGGUGCUUACCAGCAGCCGCCAGCACCGGCGCAGCAGUAUCCUGCUGCCGUGCCAGACCUGACGACCAUCAUCGCCCAGCUCAAUCAAGUGGGCAAUGUCGACGCCGCGACUCUACAGACCAUCAUUGCCUCCCUACAGCAGUCUCAGCCGCAAACACCCGCUCCAGCCAUGCAUCCUGCUCAUUCCAUGGGUGCCCCAGCUGCCCCGAGUGCAGGGGUCGAUCUCAACGCGUUGAUCGGUAAUCUCACCGCAGCCUCCGCCAAUAGUACGCCGGCUGCAAUGGGAGUCCCUGGCAUGUCAGGGUAUCCUGCGCCUGCUUAUCCACAGGCUCCUCGCGGUCCAGCUGUUCCGCCUGCCGCAGGAUCGUCGGAUCCUGCCCGUGAUGUCCAGAACAUCAUGGACACGCUUGCCAGGAUAAGGCAAUGA